AACACGUUGUGUUAAAUCAAUUGAGUAACCCACAAAAUCUCCCAUACAAAAACACAAGAAAAUUCCCAUACAUAAAACCAAAGGACCUGGCAUACCGACAGGUAACUCAGGAAUCAAGUCCUACCCAGUAGAGCCAUCGAGAUGAUUGCCAAGAGCAGCGAUGGGUCGCAGCACCGCGGGCGUAAGGUGCGCGAGCAGUGCGGUUCCUGUCCGAACCGUUUCUCGAAGGACAAGCGCCAGGUGGUGGCCGAGGAUUCGGAUACCACCGAGGUGGAGUCCGACACUGACGAGGAGGACCGCUGGAAGGAGGUGGCACGGGCCGCUGAAAUUCCCGCAGACUAUUACAACAUCCAGAAGCUGGUGAAGUACAUCAAGGCGGGCAAUCAGACAGCCACUAUAGUAUCGCUGUGCUGCUUAAAGGACUACGAUCUGAGCACUCAGAUCAAUCAGUUUGCCAUCUCGGACAUCGGUGGACUCGAGGUCCUGGUAAAUAUUCUGGAGUGCAGCGACACCAAGUGCUGUUUGGGAGCCCUCACCGUCCUCUCCGACAUUACUUUGAACAUUGAUAUACGAAAAACAAUUGUGGAUCUCGAUGGGAUUCCGUUGAUAGUGGAUAUACUGAACUCCUCGAUGAAGGAUCUCAAGACAAUGGCUGCCGAAACAUUGGCGAAUGUGUGCAAGGUGCGACUGGCGAGGAAAUAUGUUCGGACCUGCGGUGGGAUUCCCAAGCUAGUGGAUCUUAUCGACAUUAAAUUGAGCAUUCUAAAGACCCCUCGUGAUCAAUUGAGUGCCGAUGAUCUGGAGUCCCUGGACAUGACCCGGGCUGGUGCUCGGGCCCUGUUCACUUUGGCCGAUUCCAAGCACAACAUGGAGCAGAUGCGAAAGAGUGGAAUUGUCCCACUAAUGGCACAGCUCCUCAAGUCCUGUCACAUAGAUGUGGUGAUCCCAAUAAUGGGCACCGUUAGGAAGUGCUCCUCGGAGCCAAAAUUCCAACUGGCCAUCACAACGGAGGGUAUGAUCCCUGAUAUUGUCACCCAUUUGAGUUCAGAGAAUACGGAACUCAAGAUGGAGGGCAGUACAGCGAUCUACAAGUGUGCUUUCGAUGCCAACACCAGGGAGUUGGUGAGGGAAGCUGGCGGCCUAGAACCCCUGGUGACAAUCAUUAAGGAUAAGAAUAUGAGGGAAAACAAGCCACUCUUGAGGGGUGCCACCGGAGCCAUUUGGAUGAGUGCUGUGACGGAUGCUAAUGUCAAGGUCCUGGAUCAACUGAGAACGGUCAAUCAUCUGGUGGCCUUGCUGAAUGAUGAAUGCGACGAGGUGCUGACCAAUGUCACGGGCGCCCUGUCUGAGUGCGUGAGAUUCCAGAGCAAUCGCGAGCAGCUGCGUCAGGCCGGUGGUCUGCCAUCCAUGGUGGCCCUUCUUAACAGUUCCCAUGCCCCGCUCUUGGAGAAUUUGGCCAAGGCCUUGAAGGAGUGCGCCGAGGAUCCGCAGAGCAUGAGAAUACUGGAAGAUCUUGAUGCCGUCCGACUGAUAUGGUCUCUUUUGAAGAACACCAGCACUAGGGUUCAGGCCCAUGCCGCCUAUGCCAUAUGUCCCUGUGUCCGCAAUGCCACCGAUUCCGCUGAAUUGGUGAGGAGUCUAGUAGGGGCCAUGGAACUGGUGGUGGGACUGCUCAAGUCUAAGGAUAUCAUGGUUCUGUCGGCCGUGUGUGCAGCCAUAGCCACAAUUGCCCAGGAUCACACUAAUCUGGCCAUCCUAAGCGAUCUCAGAGUGAUUUACAAGCUGGCAGAUCUUGUCCAGACCACGGAUGAUCUGCUAAGAAUGAAUCUGGCAGCCGCCGUGGCUGCCUGUGCCACCUUUGGCAAUAAUACCGAGGAGCUGGGACGCCUGCGCACUGUGACUCCGAUUGUCACCUACAUGACCAGCGACAAUCCGCUGGUGCAUCGCAGCACAGCCAUGGCCCUGGAGAAGCUAUCGAUGGAUCCGCAGAACUGUAUUACCAUGCACCAGAGCGGCGUGGUACCCUUCCUCCUGGAGUGCAUUGGCUCCACCAACAAGGAACUCCAGUUGGCUGCUGCCGGCUGCCUGCGGAACAUCCGAGAGCUGGCCCUGCGAGCCGAAGAGUAUCUGCUUAAAAUUGAUGAUGAUUAGGAUUGAAAUUUUGGUCUGGAUGCUCCAUUACCCGAUUGU